AUGGUAGAAUUUCAUAACCGGGCCAGCGUGCCCAAGUUCGGCACCUGGGACACCGACAAUGUGGGGUACACCGUCUACUUCGAAAAGGUUCGCGAGAACAAGGGCGCCACCGCGCCGCCGCUCCAGCGCCCCUACAACCCCAACGACCCCGAGGAGGACGCGCCGCCGCGGCUGAUCACCCCGGCUGCCUCCAACCGCGCGGGGCUGCAGCAGCAGCACCGCCGGGUCGGGAGCAACAGCAGCGUGGCGUCCGACCCGGGCGGCCACCGCGGCGGCCAUCAGAGCAAGUUCGCGCCGCCGCCGCAGUACCACCAGCGGCCGCAUCCAAGCCCUCUGCAACAGCCCUCGAACGGGCAGCAUGGCGGCGACCACGGCCACCACCAGCGCCCGGCCGGGCACCACAAGCCGCACGACGCGAGGCACCACCAGCAGCAGCAGCCUGGGACGCGGGCGCGGUCCGCCUCACCGUCGCCGCACCACGUCGCGCAGGGGGGACGGCAGAGGCCGGUGGCGGUGCCCAAGUUCGGGGUGUGGGACGAGCAGAGCGCGGCGGCGCAGGGGUUCACGGUGCAGUUCGAGAGGGUGAAGCGGGACCGGGAGGUGGCCCGCGGCGCGCCACCCGGCGUCCCGCGCCGCCGCAUGCCGUCGCCGGAGACCUACGCGAACGCCAGGCGCUCCCAGACCCGGCACACCCCCUUCUACUCAAAGAUGUUCGGGUGCUUCCUGCCUCACACCAGAGACUGA